GUUGAUUAUGGUUAUGGGUAUUAUCCACACACACAGACAAUUUAAUUGCUUUUUCCCUCUUCACUCUCUGCUGCUCACUGACAAUUUCUUCUUCUACUUCUUCUUCUUAUUCUCUGUUUGGUUCUUCAUUAUCUAUCCAUUGUUGCAGGCAAAAUCACUUUUAGCAAUGGAAGCUGCUGCAGCGCGCUCUAUCCCUCGCACUGUCGAAGAGAUUUUCAAGGACUUCAUGGGCCGUAGGGCCGCUAUGAUCAAGGCUCUCACCACUGAUGUUCAAGAAUUUUACCAGCUCUGCAAUCCUGAGAAGGAAAACCUUUGUCUGUAUGGGUUCCCUAAUGAGCAAUGGGAAGUGAAUUUGCCUGCUGAAGAAGUUCCUCCGGAACUUCCGGAGCCUGCACUGGGCAUAAACUUUGCUAGGGAUGGCAUGCAAGACAAGGACUGGCUGUCUUUAGUUGCUGUUCAUAGUGAUGCCUGGUUACUUUCUGUGGCUUUCUUCUAUGGGGCAAGAUUUGGUUUUGACAAAGCUACCAGGAAACGCCUGUACGCUUUAAUUAAUGAUCUACCUACAAUAUUCGAGGUUGUGACCGAAACUGCAGAGAAACAGGCUAAGGAAAAGUCAUCAGUUUCAAACAUCGCCAGCAACAAUACAAAGACCAGUUCAAAAGCGGGAGGCUCUGAAUCAGUGAAGUAUUUGAAGCAAGUAAAGGACGAGGAUGAAGAAGAAGAUGAUGAGGAGCAUGGGGAGACAUUGUGUGGCGCUUGUGGGGAGAACUAUGCAUCUGAUGAGUUCUGGAUUUGUUGUGACAUAUGUGAGAACUGGUUCCAUGGCAAGUGUGUGAAGAUCACUCCUGCCCGGGCAGAACACAUUAAGCAUUAUAAGUGCCCCUCAUGCAGCAGUAAGAGAGUUCGGGUUUGAUAUCGUAGGGAUGUGGUUAGUCCUCACCUUAGUAAAGCAUUCCAAUGUGAAAGCAAAGAUUUAGUUCCAUUGGUGAAAACAUACAUUUAGAGGCUUUGAAAUUUCAAGCCAAACAUACUUUUAAUCAUGGCGGACUUCUAGCUAGUUAUCGUAGCUUAGACUUCAUUUGUCAUGCCAUGUUGGUACGGCAUAUGUAUUCAGUAUUUCUGUCGUGAAUUUAUGUGGAUAUGUUUUUUUAAUAUUUGAUAGUAUUCAGACUUAUAUUUUUUUUUAAUAUUUGAUAGUAUUCAGACUUACAUUUACCUCAA